AUACAAUGUGUUUAAACGUGUCAAUCGUCUACUUAUUAGCUGUCAUACCGGUGCGCAUAUAAUCACAAUAUAAAUGACAAUUUUUAUGGACAAUAACAGCAUCGCUACUAUUAAUAUCAGUAAUAGUAAUCUAAUUAUGAAUAUAAGCGGCUCCGGUAUGAUGACAGGGCCGGCAGAUGUGGGCCCCGAUGAUGACUACUACACGUAUUACGACUUUAUUGGCAAAUGUUUGUACGACUUUCGCGAGGGUUACCUACCGAUCCACGGCUGGAUAUCGGUGUUUGUCUGCCUGUUUGGUAUUAUAGCCAAUAUAUUGAACAUAAUCGUGUUAACCAGAAAAGAGAUGAUUUCGCCGACAAACGCCAUACUCACGGGACUGGCGGGUCAGUAGUCACGCAAUCAUUUUCAUAUCACAUCUAUUAUCUAAUAAAUGGAUAAUUUAAUUACACGAUAAAUGAGUGGACAGGGAGG